GAAAUAUGUGCGACAACAUGGAUCAAGAUCUGGUGGCGCGAGUCGACGAGGUUGCUACCAUGGGCGACUAUUUCGCGUGGAUUCUGCAAUACGACGAGUGCAUCGCGAAACUCGAAGAACGUAGCCGUGCCAAGCGUCCAAGGCUGUCCAUCGGCAAUAGACAAUCUCUGGUGGCGCAAAUCGCGCGACUCGAGGGAGUAAAAAAACAACUGGAACGACGAUUCGUACAUUUCGGUGGUGGUGGUGGCGAUGAUUACGCGAGUGUCGGACCUUCUUCGAGAGCGCAACUGUCGUGGCGCGAGAUCGACACCGCGUUUGACAGUCGCGUGCUUACCGGUGUGGUGAUUAACGUGGAGUACAUCGAGCCGCGGAAAUUUCUCGAAGACGCUCGCGAUGUAGUGGUCGAGCACGUGCGAGACGCUAUCGAGCGCUAUAAUUGUGUAAAGGUGAAUACCGUGUUCAACGGGGAGUUUGUGGCGGGUGAUAAACGUGCAAAUAAAAGCAUAAAUACAAAAAACUAUGAACUGUUCCAUACAACAGAUUUGCACGAGUGGUACGAGUCGCGCGUAAUCGGUCCGAUUCUAACCGAACUCGAAGAAUUCCAGGAGCGUGAUAGAGGGUGGGCGCUGUCGCGUAUACACAACGUAACUAUUAACGUCAACAAGUGCAAUCCUAUGCGCGCGGGAUGCCAUAUAGACAUGCCAGAAGUGGUGAAACGGAAGAAAGCAGUGAUCAAUGUACGAUCAAAGGACAAUGCGUGUUUUGCGUGGUCGGUGGUCGCCGCUCUCUAUCCGGCUGAAAGAAACGCGGAUCGUAAAUAGUCGUAUCCGCAUUACAGCGAUGUGUUAAACCUGCGAGACGUUCCAAUGCCAAUGACAUUAAGUGGUAUUAAAAAGUUUGAACGGUUGAACAGUAUUUCCAUCAACGUGUACAGCAUCGAUGAAAAGAACAAUUAUGAACGCGCAAUCGUACCGCUACGAGUUGCUGACGAGAAGAAGGAGAAGCAUGUGAACCUAUUAUACCUGCAAGAUCAGGGAGGUGCUGAAGUGGGCCACUUCGUCUGGAUAAAAAACUUGUCCCGCCUCGUCAGUUCUCAACUCAACAAAAAUGGACACAAAAAGUACAUUUGCGAUCGAUGCAUGCAUUAUUUCCAUUCAAAGGAAAGCUUGCAAUCGCACGGUGUGGACUGUCAACAGAUAAAUGACUGCGCGAUCGUAUUACCCAGCGAGAAGGACAAGUGGCUCAGCUUCAACAACCACAGCAGGAAGGAACGCGUGCCGUUUGUAGUGUACGCGGACCUUGAGUGCAUCUUGAUAAAGACUGAUACCGAUACCAAAGCAUACCAGCACCACCAGGUAUUUAGCAUUGCGUACUACGUCCACUGCUCGUAUGACGACUCGCUGUCAACGUACCGUUUCCACCGCCACAUUGAUUGCAUCACGUGGUUCGCCAACCAACUAGAAGAAUUGGCAUAUCGUGUACAGAAUAUUCUGUCGAGUAAUGUUCCCAUGCAAACACUUUCUAAAGAACAGUAUGAGAAAUUCCGUAGUACCACGCACUGUCACAUAUGCGAGAAACCGUUCGCACAGGGUGACGAUAGAGUACGCGACCAUUGCCAUCUAACCGGACGAUAUAGAGGCCCCGCGCAUUCUAAUUGUAACUUAAAUUACAAAGAUGCGUAUUUCAUUCCAAUCGUUUUUCAUAAUUUAUCCGGCUAUGACGCACAUUUCAUAAUUAAAGAAAUCGCUACAGCGUUCGAGGGCACAGUUGAUGUAUUACCGAUAACGAAGGAAACAUACAUGUCCUUUACAAAAAAUGUAAAAAAUACCAUAGAAAACUCAAAGCGACAAAAUUGUAUAAAGCUGCGAUUUAUUGACUCAUACAAAUUUCUGAGUACCAGCCUCGAUAGAUUGGCAUCGUUUCUCCAUAGAGACAAAUUAAAAAUUGUACGAUCUGAAUUUUCAACAUUAUCCAGCGAUGAUUUCGAUCUAUUGACGCGUAAAGGUGUGUUUCCAUAUGAAUAUGUGGAUUGCGCGGACAAGCUGCAGGACCCGCGUCUACCUCCGCGCGAGUUAUUUUUCAGUUCUCUGAUCGGUGACACCGUAUCAGAGAGCGAUUACAUGCAUGCUUUGAAUGUCUGGAAACGGUUCUCCAUCCAAACCCUAGGCGACUACAGCGAUUUAUAUUUGAAAACCGAUGUCUUGUUAUUGGCCGACAUUUUUGAAAAUUUUCGCAAUAGUAGCAUCAACAGUUACAGAUUAGAUCCCGCGUAUUAUUAUACAUUACCAGGAUUCACGUUGGAUGCCAUGCUGAAACACACGCGCGUAAAUUUCGAGCUGCUCACGGACAUUGAUAUGGUCAUGUUUGUGGAACGCGGCAUACGCGGUGGUCUCAGCCAAUGUUCCGGUAGAUAUGCUCGAGCCAAUAACAAGUACAUGCAGUCUUACGAUCCAUCGAAAGCUUCCUCAUACUUGAUGUACUUUGAUGUCAAUAAUUUGUACGGGUGGGCGAUGUGUCAACCACUACCAUAUGCAAAUUUUCGAUGGGUCACUAACGUUACUGAUUUUAAUGUAAAUGCGAUCGCUGUGGACUCAUCGACAGGCUACAUUCUCGAGGUCGAUCUCGAAUACCCACAAAGUAUACACGACGAGCACACUGACCUACCGUUCUGUCCGACGCGCGAUAAGCCGCCAAGCAAGCGACAGGAAAAGUUACUUGCGACUGUGUAUGAUAAGAAGCGUUACGUCAUACACUACCACAACCUGCAACAGUGCACGCGUCAUGGGUUUCGCGUGACAAAAAUACAUCACAUAUUGGAGUUCUCGCAAUCUCCAUGGCUACGCAAAUAUAUUGAACUCAACACACAAUUUAGAACGUUAGUCAAAAACGAUUUUGAAAAAAAUUUAUACAAAUUAAUGAACAACGCGGUAUUCGGUAAAACAAUGGAAACGUGCGGAAUCAUGUCGACGUUAAACUUAUAACAAAGUAGGAUGGUCGCCAUGGUG